UCUUACUUUGGUGACAAAGAAGAUCCAGUGAUCUCGGACUCACACAGGAAGCAGGUGGUCAUUGAUGGGGAGACCUGUCUGCUUGACAUCUUGGACACUGCAAGCCAGGAGGAAUACAGUGCCACGAGAGAUCAGUACAUGCGCACUGGGGAGGGUUUCCUCUGUGUGUUUGCCAUUAACAACACGAAGUCCUCCGAGGACAUUCACCAGUACAGGGAGCAGAUUAAGCGAGUAAAGGACUCAGAUGAUGUGCCCGUGGUGUUGGUGGGGAACAAAUGUGACCUACCAGCCCGGACAGUGGAGACGCGCCAGGCGCAGGAGCUGGCCCGAAGCUAUGGGAUCCCCUACAUUGAGACGUCUGCCAAAACUAGCCAAGGGGUGGAGGAUGCUUUCUACACUCUGGUGCGGGAAAUCCGGCAGCGCAAACUGCGGAAGGUGAAUCCCCCUGACGAGAGCGGCCCGGGGUGUCUGAACUGCAAGUGUGUGAUCUCCUGACCGUGGGGUUGAGGCUGGGGGUUCGGGGGUGCGGGACCCGAGUGAGGGAGGGAAGAGCCGAUGGACA